AUGGCCUUCAGUACCUCAGGUUUAGACGCUCUUCUGCGCCGUCCAGAGCAAGAAAGCAUAUGGAGCCGCUUGCGCAGGGCCCCGAUGCCUGUUCUUGCCGAACUUGUUUACACCCGAUUCGCUCAAACGCGCACGCCCACUGAUCAUGAUGGCCCAACCAUCCGCGUGGUUUGCAUCUCAGACACUCACAACACUGAGCCUCAACUACCGGAUGGAGAUCUUCUCAUCCACGCAGGCGAUUUCACUCAGUCAGGUACUCAAGCAGAGCUAGAAGCACAGAUCGAAUGGCUCGAUCGCCAGCCGCAUCGCUUCAAGGUAGCGAUCGCAGGGAAUCACGAGCUAUGUCUGGAUCCCAAAGCUCAGGUUAGAGCUCAAACACCUGGUCGCAAUGAGCCAGUCGACUGGAAAUCAAUCCGCUAUCUGGAGAACUCAUCGACAAUUAUCGACUUUGGUUGCAGACGCGUCAAGGUGUUUGGGUCCCCGUACACCGCGCGACACGGGAACUGGGCUUUCCAGUAUCCGCGAAACGAGAAUAUCUGGGAUCUGGGACGGUAUGGCUGUAUAUUCCUUCGGGACUGGUUAUGGUCAGCCAAACGAAAACCUUUGCUGCAUGUGUUCGGUCACGUCCAUGGGGCUUAUGGGAAGGAGACUCUGUGCUGGGACGAUUUGCAACGAGCGUACGAGAGCAUCAUGGAUAAUGAAGCACAGUGGAUGAGUCUGAUCAUGUUACUGUGGCAUGCACUUCUACUGCUUAUACGGCCGAGGGAUCCUUGCCAAAGGACUGUGAUGGUUAAUGCCGCUGCAAUUGGAGGACUCCGGGAUGAAAAGAGACGGGACGCUAUUUGCGUUGAUAUCUAA